AGCCUCAGCAGAAUGCCCUGUAUCUAUCUAUCUUAGAGGAAUACCCCAGCCUCAGCAGAAUGCCCUGUAUCUAUCUAUCUUAGAGGAAUACCCCAGCCUCAGCAGAAUGCCCUGUAUCUAUCUAUCUUAGAGGAAUACCCCAGCCUCAGCAGAAUGCCCUGUAUCUGUCUAUCUUAGAGGAAUACCCCAGCCUCAGCAGAAUGCCCUGUACUAUCUAUCUUAGAGGAAUACCCCAGCCUCAGCAGAAUGCCCUGUAUCUGUCUAUCUUAGAGGAAUACCCCAGCCUCAGCAGAAUGCCCUGUAUCUAUCUAUCUUAGAGGAAUACCCCAGCCUCAGCAGAAUGCCCUGUACUAUCUAUCUUAGAGGAAUACCCCAGCCUCAGCAGAAUGCCCUGUAUCUAUCUAUCUUAGAGGAAUACCCCAGCCUCAGCAGAAUGCCCUGUAUCUAUCUAUCUUAGAGGAAUACCCCAGCCUCAGCAGAAUGCCCUGUAUCUGUCUAUCUUAGAGGAAUACCCCAGCCUCAGCAGAAUGCCCUGUAUCUAUCUAUCUUAGAGGAAUACCCCAGCCUCAGCAGAAUGCCCUGUAUCUAUCUAUCUUAGAGGAAUACCCCAGCCUCAGCAGAAUGCCCUGUAUCUAUCUAUCUUAGAGGAAUACCCCAGCCUCAGCAGAAUGCCCUGUAUCUGUCUAUCUUAGAGGAAUACCCCAGCCUCAGCAGAAUGCCCUGUAUCUAUCUAACUUAGGCCAGCUCAGAAGAGAGAGCUCCCCACCUCCUCACAACAGGGACAAGAGUUCGAGGGAACAUGAAGGAACCAGGCUUGUCUUUUGUUUUCACAGCAUUACCAGUCACACUCCAGUUUGACAGGAGGGCGAUGAUUGAACACAUCGUGGAAAUGGUGACAGUCCUACACUGUCAGGGUGCAGUUCAUUCCGAGACAAUAGAGCACUGUAAAAUGCUCUAAUUAUGUUUGGCUGUGGCUUCCUUUAUACAAACUGACCACAGUAUUUUUGAAUUAUUUUUUGAGGUUUCCUCACCCCAUGCUUGUGCUAGGUUACUGUGGCUUGCCAUGUUAUUUUUAAUAUGAUGUACCACACCUCUCUGGGCUUCACCAUGCCUACCCGUGUUUCACCAUGCUUUUACCAUGCUUUUACUGGUACAUCUUCUAAGAUUGCUGUACGUUACCGCACUCCAGAUUUCAAAUGUGCUUCAUUUUCUGAUUAGAACAAAGGGUACAUAUUUUUUAACGGUCUCCUUCUGCCCCCGUGUGGCUGAUUUGCGGAACUCCUCUAUAUUCUUGACUUUCCAGUUUUGCCAGAUUUUCUGAGAAGUUGAGUUACACGUCACCAUGGAACCUGUACUGGUGAGAAGACGUGUACUGUGACCUCAGCAGUUCCUGCGUAUCAGCUGACCGUGUACAAGAAGCAAGGAACGUGUAGCUCAGAUGCAAAACAACAAUGGCUUCCCCCUCGCAGGCCCGUCCUCCAACCCGCGGAAGAGGCAGGUGCGUUUCUCGGCCCGCCACGACAUCAUGCUGCUGCGGGAGGUGAUUGCUCAGAACCCCUUUUCCUCCAAGGAGCCGGGCCGCGUCUGGGCCAAGGUGGGCGAGCUGAUCACCGCGGCGCUGCAGGACGAGAGCUUCGAGGUGGACGCCAGGCGGUGCCGUGAGAGAACUGCGCUGCUCCUCGACUACUACAAGAAGCUGGACUUCCCCAGCCUGCGGAGGUUCGGGACGGAGCGGCUGUACGCCCAGAAGGAGGAUCUCCUUCAUGAAGUGCUUGAACUGGAGGUGGAGAGGGGGCUGCUGGGCUCGGUGGAGGGAAAGUACCAGGACGAGAUGCCGGCUGAGCUGAGGAAGAGAGCGCUGGAGGAGCUGGCUCACCAGGAGAGCGAGAAGCCAGAGCAGCCAUUGCCGGGGCUGGGGCAGGCACACACAGGUCCAGUCGCCCCUGAGGUGGAGGAGCAGGAGCAGGAGCAGCUUCCCGAAAUCCCAGCCCCGAUGGCGAAGCGCGCUUGCCAAUGCUGCUGCCAGACCUACUCGGAGAUCUUGACCUUCCUGGAGAAGCGCUCCGAGGCAGAGCAGUGUCUGCGUGAGGAGGAGAUGGCCCUGCGUAGGGAGGAGCUGGAGAUCCAGAGGGGGAAGAUCACACUGGAGCGGGAGAGGCUGGAGGCAGAGCGCAGGGAGCGGGAGAGGAGGUUCCAGCUGGAGAGUCAGGAGAGGCAGGUCAUACUGGAUCUGCUCAAGGACAGGGUGCUGAAGUACUGAGCGACUGGGCUACGGGAGAGACAACAAUGCUUCCCAUUGGAGUCCGGCUCUCCAGGCCCUCUCUGGAUCCCGGAGCUUAGAUCACCUUACCUUGCACCCAGACCUGAGCUGUGGCCACUAGGCUUUCUCUAAUAGGGUGGGAAGUCAGAGAGGUGACUCAGUCUGUGCUGAAAUGAAAAUGAAAUAGGUUAGUUAGCAGUUGGAAGUUAAAGCUGUUCCUCAGGGAAAGGAACAGCUGGAGAAGGAACUGAGUGGCUGAUGUGCAGUAGAGGAAGCCAGAUUACCAAGAUUAUUCUUUUGAAAAAUUAACAGUGGCUUUAUUUUAAGAUGUAGAAGUUUAAAAACAUAUAAACUGGUA